AUGACACUCACCAUCAUCGUCGGCGGAGGAACAGCCGGCCUCGCAAUCGCAGCUCGCCUCGCCCCUCACUUCACCGUCGCCGUGAUCGAGGCCGGCGGCAGCUACCAGGCCGACACGGGGAAUCAGAGCGUCGUGCCCUACUACGCGCUGAGCCUGCCCGUCCUCGGGACCGACCCGGCCACGUACCAGCGCGAGCCCCUGGUCGACUGGGACCUGGUCUCGGUGCCGCAGCAGGGCGCGGGCGGGCGGCCGGUCCACUACGCCCGCGGCAAGACGCUCGGGGGCAGCUCGGCGCUCAACACGCUGGCGUACGUGCGCGCGUCCAGGGGCGCGCACGACCGGUGGGCGGACGAGGCCGGCGACGGGAGCUACCGCUGGGACGGCGUGCUGCCCUUCUUCCGCGCGGGCUGCCGCUUCACGCCGCCCGACCUGGAGAAGCGCAACGCGGCGAACGCGACGCCGACUUGGGACCCGGACGCGUUCGGCGGUGAUGAUGGUGAUGGUGAUGCUGCUGCUUCUGCUUCCGCGUCGGGGCCGCUGCAGGUGUCCUUUGGCAACUGGGUCGACCCUACCACCUCAUGGCUCGCGCUGGGGUUGCAAGCCAUUGGCAUGCCGAUUGCUCCCAAAGGCUUGAACAGCGGAUAUCUGGCUGGAUUGGGCGGCUGGACCACGUCUACGAUCGACCCGCGAGACGCCAGUCGCUCGUCGUCUCAGACGAGUUAUCUGCAGGAGGCGGUCCGGGAGACCAAUAUCACCGUGUACUCACACACGCAGGCAACCAAGAUUCUAUUCGUGCAAGGAAAAGCUAUGGGGGUAUCUGUAGAUACUCAGGGGUCGGAACACACGCUGAGUGCUGGGAGAGAAGUCAUCCUCUCAGGGGGUGUUUUCCAUUCCCCACAGCUUUUGAUGGUCUCGGGUAUUGGGCCCAGUGAAAUCCUCCAGUCUUAUGGGAUACCGGUCAUUAGCGACCUCCCCGGCGUAGGCCAGAACCUCUGGGACCAAGUAAGCUUCAACGUCCUGCAAGGCGUGAACACACCCACAGGGGGCACGUUCGUCGAUUCACCUGAUCCAUCCAUCAGACAAGCCACCCUAGCAGACUAUCACAACGAUCAAGCCGGACCAUACAGCCAGGCGGGGGGCUACUUUUCCUUCGAGAAGAUACCCGAUUCGCUACGCAGCAACUUCUCCCAGGCCACCGAGGAAAAGCUCGGCACUUUCCCGCCAGACUGGCCCGAGGUGCAGUACAUCCCCUUCGGCUUCGUGGCCUCAAACUCAACCAUCGGCAUUGUUAGCGCCACCCUGACGGCGCCCCUGUCCCGAGGCAACGUCUCUAUCAGCUCCGCAAGCAUGAAGGACGCCCCCAUCAUCGACCUGGGCUGGCUCACGGACCCAGCCGACGCCGAGGUCGCCGUGGCGGCGCUCAGGCGGUGCCGCGAGGCCUGGGCCGACCCGUCUCUGGACCCCGUCCGCGUCGGGCCGGAAAUCGCGCCGGGCGCGGAUGCGGUGACGGACGAGCAGAUCCUGGCGUACAUCCGCCAGACGGCGUCGACCGUGUGGCACGCGAGCGGCACCUGCAAGAUGGGCAAGGGCGGUGCUGCAGACCCAAUGGCCGUGGUCGAUUCCCAGGCGAGGGUGUUUGGCGUUGAGGGCCUGCGCGUGGUGGACGCCAGCGCGUUCCCUUUUGCCAUCCCGGCGAACCCGCAGAGCACCGUGUACAUGCUUGCUGAGAAGAUUGCAGACGCUAUACUGCGUGGUCAAUGA